CAGUCAGCGACAGAGACAUUUUGGCAUCGAUUGGACAAAAAGGAACAGGCUUUUCACUUUGGAAGAGGCUAUGGGGACUCUCAAAGUUGAGUGUGUGGUGAAGGAGCAGAAUGAGAUCGGAGAAGGUCCGGUCUGGGAGGAGAAAGAUGCCACUCUGUUGUAUGUCGACAUCUAUGGCCCGAAGAUCAGCAGAUGGAACUCACUGACCAAUCAGAUAGAGAGUAUGCACACAGAGACGUAUGUGGGCUGCGUGGUUCCACGGAGGUCAGGAGGGUACGUGAUCGGAGAGGGAACACGCUUCGCGGCUGUGGACUGGGAGAAGCGUGCCAUCACAACCAUCGCUAACGUGGACACGGAAAAGAGCAACACCCGCUUUAAUGAUGGGAAGGUGGAUCCGGCCGGCAGGUUUUUCGCAGGCACCAUGGCGGUUGAGGUGCGUCCAGCUGAGCUGGAGAGGAAACAGGGCUCUCUGUACAGUCUACACCCCGAUCACUCUGUCGUCACACACUUCGAUCAGGUGGACCUCUCCAACGGGUUGGACUGGUCUACGGAUCAUCGCUUCUUCUACUAUGUAGACAGUCUGACGUACAUGGUGGAGGCCUUUGAUUAUGAUAUACACACUGGAGGAUUAGCUAAUCGCAGAAUGGUGUACAGGCUUGAGAAAGAUGAAGGCAUUCCUGAUGGCAUGUGCAUUGAUGCCGAAGGUAAAAUAUGGCUUGCCUGCUACAACGGAGGCAGAGUGGUGCGCAUCGACCCUCAGACAGGGACCAGGCUGCAGACAGUGAAGCUGCCUGUCGCUAAAAUCACCUCAUGCUGUUUCGGAGGGAAAGACUACACUGAUCUAUACGUCACCUCCGCUUAUAAAGGCAUGGAUGAGGAAUCGCUCGCCAAACAGCCCCAAGCUGGCUGCAUUUUUAAGGUCACUGGUUUAGGAGUAAAGGGAAUUCCUCCGUAUUCAUUCUCCGGCUGAAGCUCCAGAGCACCUCUGGACAUAGUGAAUUACAUGAAGACUGUGCUAAUUAUGUUCGCUUAACACUUCAGCAACUGACAUAUUGAUCUAAUAAUGAACUAAAUUCAAUAGACUUGACAUGAAUUAAACAGCAUUUUUGUCCAGCUAGAACACGAUAUCCAAAGUCAUCCUAUUUCAGUUAGUACCUUCAAAGGGAAUUAAAGCCUUCAUGACUGAAUCAGUUGGCAAAAACGCUUGAGUUGAGUUUGUGAUCAGUGAUAAUAAGAAUAGAAUAAUAAUCAGUGAAUGUAAUGAUAAUUAGCAUGUUGACGGUUAUGUUGAUUAAAACAUCCUGAUACCUCA